AGAGGGUUAAAAGUUUUCUUGUCCGCAGAACAGUCUAAACGGCGACAAAAAACGUGUUGUUCCUUGUGCAGAAAACUCCCUCUUGAGUCAUUGAUACUUUUCAGACGUUCCCUCGCUUUCAGCAUCAUGGGAGUCAGUGUCUCAUAAACAUAAGGCAACGUAAACUGGACACCCGAUGAAUGAGAUACAAAUUCCAAGUCCCAGCGCCGGUAGCAUGACCGGUAGACUCAGACACAGGGCAGCGUGUAGCUAUUUCAAGACCAAAAGAUUAAUUGAAGUUCACUAGUAUUUUAUUCUGCUUCGGGAGUCAUGUUUUACUUGUGCAUUUGAAUACUGACAUAAAUAGAAUUGAAUAGACUAGAGGAAAAACGCAUUGAUUAAAAUUCUUCAGUAGAAUUUCUUUCGCUCUUAGGAAAGCGGUUGCCGCACGUUCUGCUUCUUGACGUUCGGGAACGGGAAAACAGCACGGGAACAGAAAACACACAUAAGGUUUGGAUACGCUGAUCAAUCAGUCUAUUAAAGGACACAGGGCCCCACCCGAGGAUUACCACGAGUGACAAUUUGACACGCAUGAUGACUGAGUCAAGCAAGGCCGUGAUGAAGGCAACAGCAGCCCCGGAGGGCAUUCUGGUGGGAAAGUCCGCCAAGAGCCCUAACAGCCAUGUGGGUGUCCCCUUGGUGGGCGAGGUCCAGUUGACGGCGGCCACCGGUGGCGCGGAGCUCUCCUGUUACCGCUGCAUGGUGCCGUUUGGGGUGGUGGUGCUUAUUGCAGGGGUGGUGGUCACCACCAUUGCCUACAGCUUCAACACCCAUGGCUCCACCAUCUCCGUCCUGGGUCUAGUGCUGCUCUCAGCGGGCCUGCUGCUGCUGGCCGCCAGCGCCACCUGCUGGAAGGUGGGACACGAGAGGAAGAAGCAGCAGCAACGCAGGGAGAGUCAGGCUGCCCUGAUGGCCGCGAGGGGAAACUGCAUUGUGUGAGGAACCAUGGAAAAAAAAAUUCUUUGGAUUGAAAAGCCUUAACAUGCAGAGUGAAAAGGGAAAACGCCUCUCUUUGGACACAUCUCUCUGUCACACAUAUAUGAAUCUUGUCCAGAUUCUUGGUCAUUUCUUCUCCCUAACAGCAAACCAUCUAACAGCUUUGACCUCAAAAACACUGGCUUUUCUGUCACAUCUGGGUAGCCUUGGAAGCAAGCCAGUCAGAAAGGAUCAGAAUUAAGAUGAAU